AAGUUACAGUGUUUUUGAAACACGUUUGGCGGACUGUAUGGUGAACCGUACGUGCCUGAACCGUUAUGCUAAGUGGUGUUGGCUGGAGAUACAUUCACAAUGUGACUGAAGAUUAGUAUACCAGUGUCUCCUGCCUCCCCAGCAGCCCCCGUGUUGGACUAUACAAAGCUCGUGGGAUAUUAAGUUAUUCUUUAUCAAAUAUUAAAAGGGAAGUGAAAGCAGCUGCUCGUUUUAGAGGGGACUGAAGACUGAAGGCAGAUUGCCUGUCCCAGGCUAUCCAAAACGGAGUGUCUGAGGUUAUGGAGGAGGAAAGCAACUUGAAGAAACGAAAAAGCGAUCAACAAGGCAACCAGGGCUCUGAGACUGGUCAAGAGGUGGUGGAGAAGGUCAAAAAGCGACGAGGUCGACCUCCUGCUGAGAAGCUGCCACCUAACCCUCUCAAGCUCACAAAACAGAUGAACACUAUCGUAGACAUGGUCAUCAACUACAAGGACACGUUGGGGCGACAGAUCAGUAAAGGUUUCGUUCAGCUGCCCUCAAGAAAAGAGGUGCCGGAGUACUACGAACUCAUCCGGAAGCCAGUCGACUUCAGGAGGAUCAGGGAGAGAGUUCGUAAUCACAAAUACAGGUGCAUUCCAGACCUUGAAAAGGAUAUUAUGCAGAUGUGCCACAAUGCUCAGACGUUUAAUCUGGAAGGUUCUCAGAUUUUUGAGGACUCCAUUGUUUUAAAGUCUGUUUUUGAGAGUGCAAGACAGCGAAUUGUGGAACUCAGCGAGGAAGACAAUGAUGCCAUUGGAAGCAGUGAAGCAGAUGGUGGCCGUCUUUUAAACCUAAAGCAGACAACAAAACCCAAGUUGGAUGAAAAAAAGGAGAAAAAUCAAACUAGUCCUAGUAAUUCCAGCCCAAAGGAGGUCACAAACAGUGUCGAAGAUAUUGGAAAAGAAUGUGAGAAUUACACAAGAGGACUAUUAAGUUAGACGCCAAAUGACAGCUUCAUAUAACGAGCAUUGUAUGCCAUUUUAAGAACAUGGUAUGGUCAUUUCAGUCCAAUUUCCUUGAUGUUUCUUUCAAGGAUUUGCUCAGAAUGUGAUUUCUCAUAAUGGUAGCUUAAAACACCUUUGUAAACCUUUGUAUUCUAAAAACAACAUUGUUAAUGCAGUUUCCUUGCAUUAAUACAUCUGAAAUUGUCAUUGUUUUCAUGUAUUUAUAAAGUGUAAACAAGAACCAAAUAAUAGAACCAAAAUUGAUAAUAUCCUGGUGAAAAGGGUCUAUAAAUUCAGACUAUCUGAAAACCUUCACUCUUUUUUCCGCAAGGAUGGAAAAAUUAUAAUAUAACAUAUAUUGUAUAAUCAUUUAAAUGGAUUUAAAUGCAUUUAAGCUGUGCUAAAUUUGCAAGCUAUUAUGUCUCUGUUUCAGAGAAUUUUUAAUCAGUGGUUUUUGUGACUAUGAGCACUUGGUCAUCCCCUCUUUGUACAUUUCCCUUUCCUUCAUUAACUGUCAACAUCUUAAAAAAAAUAAAAAAGGUAAAUUUGUAUCUAGUAGCUCUUAAUCUUUCUUAAGUUAUCACAGGAUCUUAACUAUCUAUACGGAACUUGAGGCAUGAUGGCAAUGUAUUCUUUGGUGACAGAUCAGAUCCUGCCCUCAAAGAGAGGCACCUAUUGAUGAUGCUGUCACGUUUGUGUGCUCAGCUUAUGAUGGAUGGGGGAUGUGGUGUGUUUGUGGACAGAUUCUGGAAUGUAAAUGUAUGUGGUUUAUAUGAUGUGAACGGGAAAGAAGGUUUGAGACAUCAUCUUGCAAAAAUAAAAUAAUUUAUGAAAUUGGA